UGCCUGCAGACCCCCUCUCGUCCAUACCGCAGUGUUUACCGUCUAACUCAGAGACAAGCGACCUUUGUGUGGACCCCAGCGGACCAGUGGCUCGUCGCUUUGUCUCCACGGAGGACAAACUGGUCUUCUGUCCCCAGUGUACUUCAACAUGGAGUCCGGAGACUCCGUGGAGGAGAAGACGGCUCCGGCGUCGGCGGCUCAGCGGCGAGCGGAGAUCCGCAGGAGGAAGCUGCUCAUGAACUCCGAGGACAGGAUGAACAGGAUCGUGGGCUUCACCAAGAUCGAGGCUGAACCCAGCGCAGGAGCGUCUCUGCGUCCGACAGAACCUCGCUUCCAUCUGGAUCUCGACAGAACAGAGUGGUCCUCGCCCUCGUCUUUGCAGAGGCCGUCUCCUUUCCUGCCGGAGGCCUCCGGGCUCAGCAGCCGCUCCCACAGCGCCACCCCAGAGAGGAGGGGCUCGCCCCUGCCAGACAGCAGUGAGCCACUCGGAGGCUCCAUAGAAGACGACAUCCUUGGGGUCCGGCAGAGACCCAGGGGGGAGCGGGCAUCGGACGACACCGGCGGGUCCCCGCGCAAGGGCCUCCAAAAGUACCUGACCCGUUUCGAUGAUGCCAUGAAACUGCGAGGUCAGCUGGCCAACGAGAAGGCCACCCAGGAAGGAGAGGCCGAGCCGGAGGAGUUUGAUCCCUUCAGAGUCUUCAGGCUCGUCGGCAGCGUCCUCCUCGCCAUCUUUGUCCGGGUGUUCGUCUGCAAGUAUCUGUCUAUAUUUGCUCCGUUUCUGACCCUUGAACUGGCCUACAUGGGGCUGUCCAAGUACUUUCCAAAGGUAGAGAAGAAGAUCCAGACCACUGUGCUAACCGCUGCCCUGCUGCUGUCCGGCAUCCCCUCUGAAGUCAUCAACCGCUCCAUGGACACCUACAGGAGGAUGGGCGAUGUCUUUGCCGACCUAUGCGCCUACUUCUUCACCUUCAUCCUCUCCAACGAGAUCCUGCUCCUCAUUGGCUCAGAGACUCCUGAUGGAGGAGCAGAACCUCAGUAACCCAGCCCCCCUUCUCGUUGACCCCUCCUUCUGUUCCCCAUAGCAACAAGGCAUGCUUAUUUACGCCCUCUGCUGUGGGUUUGCUGUCGACAGUCUGGAAAUGAAUCCCUGCCGUGAGAGCUCAUCUCUACAGCACUUCAGAGUUUAACCCAGGCUCAGCUACAUGUAACCAGCGAGUCUAGUGUUUGCUCCAGAGCUCCAUGUUGUUUCUGCUCGCUACAGGCGCUCGGAAACAUAAGAACAGUCUGUGUGUGUGUGACAGGUGUACAGGCGUUUAUAAUGACCAGUAAUAUUUAUUUUCAGGAAAUGGAAAACGUUGCAGUGAAAAGUGGAAGAUAAUUGGUCUUAAAUUGCAAAGGGUUCAUUGAUUCCAUCUGAGUCUUGUCAACCUCACAUGAAUCUUGAUGCAUCAUCUUGAUAAAAAUAUAUCCUACAUAUUCUUCAUGUGUGGAAAACAAAAUCUGUCAAUUACCUGAGCCCCACGCUGACAGGCUACAUGCUGUUUAGCUGCCCUCACUGGCAGGAUUUGACCGAAUUGUGUAAAAUGAGGUUCAUACCGCAAUUCCACUGAAUGCUAAGAGGGGGUAAUUUGAGAAACUGAAUUAUUGCCUGAGUCCUCCUCUAUCCUAAUACAUCCAAAUGUGUUGCAUAAGCUGGACAAGGUGUCACAUUCUCAGCUAAUAAACCUGACUCCUCAGCAGGCACCUGACCUUUAAACCAAAUCUCCAGCAACACUAUGGAUGCUCUUUUUUUCAUUUCAACUGAACAGAGGGUUAGAAAGGUUGGGGUCAUUGCAUUUUCAGUUCAUCUCAUUGUAAAACAAAAAUCUAAACUGCCACAAACCACUGUUAGGAAUGUCAUGUCAUGUUUUAUUUACACAUUUGAGUUGUCAAGUUCCUGAACCAACUGAAAUGCAGAGGAAUUGACCACAACCUUGGAGAUGAGAGGGUUACUGAGGAUCUUGACCUGUUGUGACUGACAGUCGAUGACUAAAUUGAGUAGAGGGCUUAAUACAGGUGGUUAACUAUAAAAUACUUUAUAAUUUAAUUUAAGUUUAGGUACUUUGGAAACAAGUGCUAUGAGAUUAGUUUCAAUAAUCUGAACAACUGACUUCUGACUUUAUCCUCAGGAUUCUGAUCAAAUCUUUGGAUUAUAUUAUUCCUUACUUUCUCCUGUGAUUAAUCUGAGAUCUACCAUAUUUGUAAUGGAUUACUUCCUCCUGAACAUGCAUCAACUAGCAGGAAACACAGCGGUACAGACUCUAAAUACCUGCAGCACGGCUGCAUGAUUUUUCUGUUGAUAAAAUAAAUCCGCCGACUUUUAAACACACUACCUUUUAGAACAGAAAGAGCUUAAUGGAUCUAAGAACAAACGGCAGGAGGUUAAAAAAUGAAACAACUUAAUGUAGUAUCAAUGGGUCUAGAACUGUUCAUUUUCUCAAUUGCAUCAUUCAAAAAUGUUGUUAUACUGAGGUCACAGAACAAGGAGGAAAAGUUACAAACACAGUUUUAAGCUUUUAGUUUGUUAAAGAUUAAAAAGAACAUUUUUGUAGCGUUGUCAUUCACAUUCAGGAGAUGAUGAAUUCUUCAUCGGGUGAAAAAGUGAAGUGUUCUAGAGCAACAGUUUCCCGAUGUUAAGAAUCCUUUAUAUUUGUGUUUUGAUGGACUUCCUCAUAGGCUGUGGGUUAGGUCUUGUUUUCCGCUGCGAUCACACCUUUUUUUCAAAGGGGUCCAACUACAUUAUAAACAAGUAUUUUACUUUGUGUAAUAAGUCAGAAGAAGCAUUUAGCCUUUGAAUGUUAAGUGAGUUAUGUGUGCACGGCUUUAAAAGGCAGUAAACUUCAUAAACUGUUUGUAGGUAAUGAAAUGUACAGUUGACGGGAACGUGUUGGGUUUUACUCGGAAGUUCUGCCAGUGCAGUUUCAGUGGGAGUUUGUGCGCUUAUUUGUGUCAAUUAAUUCAUGGUGACGUGUUCCGCUUCGCUUCCUUCAGGCCUCACGCAUAUACAUACUUUAUAUACAGUGUACUCUGUGGGUUUGUGCUGUUCAUGUCCUCUAUGAAUUUCAUCCUAAUUUAUUGAUGUGAAUAUUUGGAUUCGUGGAUUUUGGAUUUCAUGUAAACGAAUUGAUGUGAUUUAAUGUAUCUUACUAAUUGUCUAAGCCACUUGUUGUUUUUGAUACUGUUUACAGAAUAACUGUUUUAUUGGCUCUUACAUAUUUGAACUUAAGCAACAAAUUCAAUCUCUACAUGAUUUUAACAGUUUGUGCUUCAAUAAAAUACACAGGAUGAAUAACCAGACCGUUCUUACCAAAUAAAUACAACUUGUGGGACAAA